CUGAGACUUCCAGCCCAGCGAUGCCCAGAUGCCUUGGGGAAAGAUGCCUCUGGUUUGGGGGGCUCCUUUUGUGGCUUGGCGUUGGAAGUUCAGGAGACAUACUUCCUGCUCCUCAGCAGAAGUGUACUGACUUCCAGAAUGCCAGUUUCCUCCGAGGCACCAAUCUCAAAGUCCAAUUUCUCCUCUUCACCCGUUCAGAUCCUAGCUGUGGGCAGCUAGUGGAAGAAAGCCACGACCUCGAAAACUUUGGGUUCAAUGCUACUCUGGGAACUAAACUACUUAUCCAUGGAUUUAGGGCUUUAGGAACAAAGCCUUCCUGGAUUGAUAAAUUCAUUAGAACCCUUCUGCAUGCAGCCAAUGUUAAUGUGAUUGCUGUGGACUGGGUUUAUGGCUCUACGGGUGUCUACUUCUCAGCUGUGGAAAAUGUGGUUAAACUGGGCCUUGAGAUCUCCCGUUUCCUCCGUGAACUUCUGGUGCUGGGUGUGUCAGAGCCUUCAAUCCACAUCAUUGGUGUUAGCCUGGGGGCUCAUGUUGGGGGCAUGGUAGGACAUUUCUACAAAGGCCAGUUGGGACGGAUAACAGGCUUGGACCCUGCUGGACCGGAGUAUACCAGAGCCAGACUGGAAGAGCGACUGGAUGCUGGAGAUGCCCUCUUCGUGGAAGCCAUCCACACAGAUACUGACAAUUUGGGUAUCCGGAUUCCUGUUGGACAUGUGGACUACUUUGUUAAUGGAGGUCAAGACCAACCGGGCUGUCCUUCAUUCAUUCAUGCAGGUUACAGUUAUCUAAUCUGUGAUCACAUGAGAGCUGUGCAUCUCUACAUCAGUGUCCUGGAGAAUUCCUGUCCAUUGAUGGCCUUUCCCUGUGCUAGCUACAAGGAUUUCCUUGCUGGACACUGCCUGGAUUGCUUUAACCCUUUCCUGCUUUCCUGUCCACGGAUUGGGCUGGUAGAACAAGGUGGUAUCAAGAUAGAGCCUCUUCCCAAGGAAGUGAGAGUCUACCUCCUGACUACUUCCAGCGCUCCAUACUGUGUGCAUCACAGCCUCGUGGAGUUUCACUUGAAGGAAGCAAAAAACAAGGACACCAACAUUGAAGUCACCUUCCUUAGCAGCAAUGUCACCUCCUCAGUCAAGAUUACCAUACCUAAACGGCAACUUCAGGGGAAAGGAAUCAUCGCCCACCCUGAACCACAGUGCCAAAUAAACCAAGUGAAACUCAAGUUUCAGGCUUCCAAUCGGGUUUGGAGAAAAGACCGGAGUACCAUUGUUGGGAAGUUCUGCACUGCUCCUUUACCCAUCAAUGACAGCAAGAAGAUGGUCUGCUUACCUAAACCAGUGAACUUACGAGCAGGUGUGGCUACUUUUCAUGACCUGAAAACAACCUGUGUAUAA